AUGGGGCUCACCGGCUUCUGGAAGCACCUUUCGUCAAAGCAGCUUAAUCUUACAAUUCGUGCCUUUUCCCUUAUUUGUAUUUUCUUCGAGGGAUAUGACCAAGGUGUGAUGGGAGGAGUCAAUUCGGCGCCGAAAUAUGUCACUCAAGUGAGGAUUGGAAAUGCCGAUGGGACUGUCACUGAUGCGACACAUCAGGGUGGCCUUGUCAGUGUGUAUUAUCUUGGGUGCAUUUUCGGCUGCUUUGCAGGUGGCUGGUUAGCAGACCGGGUUGGUCGCAUCAACGGUCUCUUUAUCGGCUCGCUGUUCGCUCUUGUAGGGGGCGCUUUACAAGCAGCUAUCACCAGCUCAGACUUCAUGUUGAUUGCGCGCGUAAUAACCGGCAUCGGCACAGGAGCAUUGACUGGUAUAACCCCGGUGCUGGUAUCGGAGACUUCUUCCGCGGACCAUCGAGGCGGCUUUCUGGGCUACGUCUUCAUCGCCAAUUAUUUGGGUAUCUCCAUUGCGUAUUGGUUGUCGUUUGGCCUUGCGUUUAUUCAAGGGGGCUACUCCGAUUUCAGGUGGCGCUUUUUGCUGGCUUUUCAGUGCAUUCCAGCUCUCUUUAUUGCUCUCUUUGUCAAGAUACUCCCCGAUAGCCCACGAUAUCUGGCAUCGGUUGGACACAAUGAGGAAGCUAAAGAAUUGUUAGUACUGAUUCGAGGCAGCAAGGCUACUCCCGAGGUGAUUGAACGAGAGUAUUUGGAGAUCUUAGCUGCUUCAAGAAACAGCAAGCCCAGUUCGCCAAUCCAGUUUGCUAAAAUCCUUGGAAGGGAUGGCAAACCUGGAACCAAUUUAGGUCGGCGGGCCUGGUUAUGCGUUUUUCUUCAAAUUAUGGCAUCUUGGACUGGCAUCACAGCUAUCACGGCCUACUCUCCAAUUCUUCUCGGUCAGGCUGGGUAUAGUGAAAUCACGCAGAAUGGACUCGCCGGUGGUGUGAACACUAUUGGCAUUAUCGGGACAAUAAUCAGCGCGCAUAUCGUCGACCGCUUUGGCCGUCGACACUGUUUGAUGCUUGGCUCCGCGAUUCUGUUUUCUGUUGAGCUAGUUGCUGGAUCAGUGUAUGAAGGUUCUCUUCGGAAUCCUGACAAAGCCGCUCAGUAUGCCCCGGCAGCUGUGUCGAUGCUCUUCCUUUUCAACCUGGGAUAUGCCGCUACAUGGGGAACAGUGGCCUUUCUUUUGCCGACAGAGAUAUUUCCCUCGGAAUUGCGUGCCCAAGGCAAUGGAUUCGGCAUCACAGGCUGGGCUAUUGGGGUUGGCAUGACCACUCUCGUUAACCCGGUCAUGUUCGACAGACUGCAGAGCCGGAGCUAUUUUCUUCUUGCCGGUCUCAAUCUCCUUUGGAUCCCCAUAGUCUAUCUCUUAUAUCCCGAGACGCGCAAUCGAUCAUUAGAAUCAAUCGAGGCCCUGUUUUCAACAUCGAGCCCGUUUUACUGGGCCAUGGAACGAGCCUACCAACAGCAUGGGAAUGUGCUUUCGGAGCAUGGAAUCACCAUUACUUCCGAUGAGGAGACCAGCAAAUCUAUCGUGGUCCCAGGGUAUUCGCAGAAAGUGACAUCAGAGAGUUGA